CGUCAAUCGUCAUGGCUUCCCGGAUGUCAACAAACUAGUCAGGACAGGAGGAGCGACUGCCGAGGGACACUUCCUAAUCAAACGCCUCCUGUGCCACACCUGCGGGCCACACCUGCGCCACACACACCUGGUUCUGCUUGCCCCACCCUGCCCCACCCUGCCCCGCCACCAUGAGUCCUGUGGGGGAUGUGGGGUCUCCGGCGCCAUGGGUAAGGCCAGCGGAUGUAAUGAGGCAGAGGCUGAAGGCAAGAAAAAGACUCCUGCAGGCACGUAUCUCUGCCACUCCCCUGCAGGUUCUGGCCCCUUCCCCAGCCCCUGCCUCCCUCUCCCCCUCCCCUGGCCAUGUCGCUGCUGCUGUGGCUGUCAAGCGCAGGAAUCCCUUUAAGUCAUCCCCCAACAAGCGUCAGUGCCAGGGGUCUCAUGAAGUUGGUGAGGAUGACACGACUGACGCCACACUCUUCCAGCUCCUCAACCCUCACCAGGACCAGGCUCUCACCACCACCACCACCAGCAGGAAGGCCCCCACCUCCUUCACCAAUGUGCUGAGGGCUGCUGAGGGUGUACUGGGUGACGAGGAGGCUGAGAAGGAGACCAGCAAGACCCACUGGGCAGACCACCUCCCUCUGGACUGGUGUCUGAAAUCGCGGCUUCGGUUCAGGAGCAGCAAACCGUUACCAUGGAAACACACAUUCAAGACAUCAGAGGAGGCGUCGGGCAUCACCGGCUUUGUGCGCUGCUUGGCUGGCGUGGCGGAGGGCGGCUGCAGCGGUGAGGCAUACGAACGAACACUAGACACCUCUGCCAAUGCUCAGUUCUUCCAGCGGUGCCUCGUCUGGCAGCAUCCGGCACUCCCCUGGCUCGGCACUCUCUUCCCCCGCCACCCACACAGAAGGCCAGGUGGAGUGGGUGGAGUGGGUGGUUCCUUAUCGCCAAAGGUGGUGGAGGUGCUUAGAGCGGAGUGGAGUGAGAGCCUGCGGUCCCUCCACCAGCUCCUGAGGGUGCGACAGUGUCCUUACUUCUACGUGUGUGGGGCGGCCUUCACUGUGCUGUUCAGGGCGGCAGGGGUGGCAGGGGUGUCCCAGGCCCAUGCCCUCAUCACACCCACCACCAGGGGGCUGCGCGAGGCCAUGAGGGCUGAAGACAUAGAAUUUGAGAUGCCUUUUAAUCGAUCAAGCGGAGACAAGACGAAGGAAGAGGAGGAGGAGGAGGAAGAGCAGGCGGAGGAGGAGGAGGUGGAGCAAGAGGAGGAGGAGGAGGAGGAGGAGGAGGGAGAGGCGACAUCCUGGCUGGAGGAUCUUGGCUUGGAGACGUCACAGUUCCCUAAUUUAAAUCCUAAUCGUUCUAAAAUGGAGCGGGAACGUCAGGUGGAUUCGCGACUGUCCUCGCUGGUGUGUGUGGAGGGAAUGGAGACUCAGGCACUCAUCAACUUCCUCAUCAAUAGCAAGAGUUGUGUAGCCCUCACUGGGGAGCUGGCCGGCAUCCCCCCAACACUCCUGGCUCCGGUCGCUUUCCAGGGGGCCACGCUACGUCCCCUAAAGGUGAAGGGGGGUGUGGUGCGUCAGGGUGGCACCACACACUACAGCAUGGAGGUGAGUGGUCCAGUGCUGCCUCACACCGUCCACCAGCUGACCUCUCUUCUUGCCCAGACUGUUGACACCUUCACGCUCUCCCUCGUGCCAGUCCCCUCCAGCCUCCCCUUCACUCUCCACACUCAGCGAGAGGCCACAGCUGUGCCUCAGGCGUUUGCUCAGGAAGGUUUGGUGGACUGUGGUCUGGACGCCUCCACUAGACAGCUCCUGUGUGCCCCUGCUGCCUCCCAUCCUCCCCUGCCACACACCUACAGGGAGGUUACCUAUCAGGACGAAAGGUAUACUUGGAGUGACAAAUGACAACGGUUCUACCUUAGGAUCUUGCUUGUGUGAGUGUGUGUGUGUGUGUGUACUGGUGUUAUAUUUUUUAUCUGUGUACUGGUAUUAUAUUUUUAUCUCUGACGCAGCUGUUUGUGUGUUUGUCUUGAUGGCGUAGACUUGUUUUUAUGGUUGUAGUUUUAAGGAUUGUGCGUAUACGUAUUUUAGUUGCAAGGUGUGUAAAAUGACGACCUCUUGUGAAAUGUGAGCGAGGACUGUUUGUGUUUUAAUUGUAAGGUGUGCAAGAUGACCUCUAGUGAAAAGUGAGAGUACUUUUUCUGUGUGUGUGUGUGUGUGUGUGUGUGCGUGCACGUGUGUUUUAGAGUCACUGAAGGGCCACCUCUGUACAGACAAUCUCAGAUUGAUUCAGGAAUAAUGUAGUAUUUCUCUUAUGUUUGGACCACAAGUCUUCCUCAGAGAAAGACUACAAUUCAAGGCUACACAGCUUAUGUAUAGUUUCUUGCAGCUUAGCUCAUGGAACGUCUGAAGGCUUCCCACAGGUUGAGCUGCAAGAAACUGUAAAUAUGCUGCAUAUCUUGAGUAGUAGUGUCAGAACUCUAGUCCAAAUGUAGAAGCACAGUAUUCCCGAGUCAACCUGAGAUGUGCCUACCUCCUCCUCUACUCUGCUGUCAAUAUAUAUAUAUAUAUAUAUAUAUAUAUAUAUAUAUAUAUAUAUAUAUAUAUAUAUAUAUAUAUAUAUAUAUAUAUAUAUAUAUAUAUAGUGACAGCUUAGCUAUUUGUAUUUAUAUAUGACAGGCAACUAAAUAUAAACUUUGUAUUGUGGCAGGAAUAAGUAAAAGCUAGUUGUACUGUGGCAGAAAUAAGGUAAUUGUAUGUAAUAUGCUGCAGGACUAAGUCACUUGUACUAGCUGCUCUUUGUGUGGUGCUGGAGACUAAGUUGAAAAUACUUGACUCUCCGGAGAACAUGUACAAAAAAUGUGUACAUUAAAUAAAAGCCUGAAAUGCU